UCUGGGAGGGACAGGGUGGCGCCGGGCCAAGGCUGCCCGCCCUGCUCACCUCGUCCUGGACCUGGGAGGGGCGAGGCACCUCCCGUGGGCCUGUGGAUGCCCCGCCCGCCCCCUCCAUGGCCCUGGCAGGGCGAGAGCGGCAGCAUGAGAGCCGGUGCCGCCCCUCACGGCCGGUGGACGCGUGGCGAGCCGCGGCCGCCGAUCGUGGACGCUGCAUGGGGACACCGGGGGCCCGGCGACGCGCACGGCGCGGAGGCUGGGGACUUCCCCCGAGCUCCCCUGCGCUCGCCAUAGCGGGGCUGCUGUGCACCGCGUUGACCGCCUGCAUCUGCUGGAGACAGCUGCCGCAGCUGCCCUGGGCAUCUCCAGCCCCGCCACGCCCGGUGGGCGUGCUGCUCUGGUGGGAACCCUUCGAGGGGCGCCGUGUCCACCCCAGGCCUCCGCCUGAUUGCAACCUGCGCUUCAACAUCAGCGGCUGCCGCUUGCUCACCGACCGCGCGGCCUACGGGGAGGCUCAGGCAGUGCUGUUCCACCACCGCGACCUGGUGAAGGGACCCCCCGACUGGCCCCCGCCCUGGGGAGCCCAAGGACGCACGGAUGAGGCGCUGGAGCUACGCGUGUUCGACGACCAGGAGGGAGCGGUGAUGCUAGCCCGCGAAGCCCUGGAGACCGCAGGCUCUAGACCCCCGGGUCAGCGCUGGGUGUGGAUGAACUUCGAAUCACCCUCCCAUACCCCGGGGCUGCGGGGCUUGGCGAGGGACCUCUUCAACUGGACACUGUCCUACCGGACAGACUCUGAUGUCUUCGUGCCCUAUGGCUUCCUCUAUCCCAGGAGCCAUCCAGCUGACCAGCCGCCAGGCCUGGGUCCCCCGCUGGCCCGCAAGCGGGGACUGGUGGCCUGGGUUGUGAGCCACUGGAACGAGCGCAUGGCACGGGUCCGUUACUACCACCAGCUGAGUCAGCACGUGUCUGUGGACGUGUUUGGCCGGGCGGGACCCGGGCAACCACUGCCAGCCAGCGGGCUGCUGCACACUGUGGCCCGCUACAAGUUUUACCUGGCCUUUGAGAAUUCACAGCACGUGGAUUACAUCACAGAGAAGCUGUGGCGGAAUGCCUUUCUGGCUGGGGCUGUGCCAGUGGUGCUAGGCCCGGACCGAGCCAACUAUGAGCGCUUCGUGCCUCGUGGCGCCUUCAUCCACGUGGACGACUUCCCUAGUGCGGCCUCCCUGGCUGCCUACCUACACUUUCUCGACCGAAACGUGGCUGUCUAUCGCCGCUACUUCCACUGGCGCCGGAGCUAUGCGGUGCACAUUACCUCUUUCUGGGAUGAGCCAUGGUGCCGGACAUGCCAAGCUGUGCAGACCUCCGGGGACCAGCCCAAGAGCAUCCGAAACUUGGCAGGCUGGUUCGAGCGAUGAGGCCAUUCUGCUGUGAACUGACUAGUCUCCUUGGCUGAGUUUUCUAAAUACCCAGCAUGCUUGAUGGGAAAAAGAUAAGCCUACCAGUUUUAUUGUUUAGCACAAGGAUGGGAAAAUUCCCAGGUCCUCACGGCUUUUUUACGGAGAUCUGCGCUGGCUGUUAAGGGACUUUGGAGCUCUGGGUGAGGAAGGAGGCCCUUCUUUACCUGUUCCCCAUGUGAAGAAGUGGCUUUUCCUUUUGGGCACAGGCCUCAUCGGGGGUCUAUGUGCACUCUAAAAUUGAGACAUAUUUGUUCUCUGAUCCAUGUCUGCUUGGACCAACGAGAGCAGAGCACUGGAUUUUGAAAGCCGGUGGGUAUGAGAAAGUAGAAGAACUCUACCCGGGUUUUUCUUUGGCGUUUGGAUUCCUCAAACACUCUGACCCUGGAAAAGAUAAGAAGCCAUUGAUUCCCUUCACCAGCUGUUUAUAUCCCCAGCCCUGGAAUAGAAGCCAGAGGCAAGAUUAUCCUCUGAGGAAAAUUAUGAUGAAGACAUGGGUGUGCCUCAGUUCAUACUAGUAACCUAGUCCCGAAAAGCUGCAUUAGAGUGACACCCCAAUUCAGGGCCCUAUGGGAGUGCAGUAUUUAAUAGAAAUAAGUGGAAAGUCCCUUUGCAAUGUGAAUGACCCUCUCUUGAUUAUUCUGUCUUUAAAGUUCCCUAUAACCUGGAUCAGGAAAACAUUCAAAAUAGAGAUAUGAGAAAAAACAUUCUUGUCCUUUUCCUAACCAGUGUUUACAAAUGGAAGAAACAUAAAUGACGUCAUAUCCACAAAUGUGUUUAUUCUGUCUCUGCUGGACCUGAAAUUCAAACUGGAAUGUUAGUCCUUCAGCAGUGCUGUGCAGAGAGAACUGUAAAAGAUUUCACUGAACUAUGGGUUUGUGCAAAAGGGGGAAAAAAAACAACUUGUGUUUGUAUAUGGUUGUUUGGUUUCUGUCCAUUUUUUGUUAAAUGGAACUGAACAAGUGCCUACAAUGAAUGGUCUGUUCUUUGUUAAGUGCUAAGAUCUACAGAUUCUCCUCUGAAUCUGCAUCUCAGUACACUGAUUCCAGUGCCUUUGAGUCUAGCUGUGGGGCCAAUCUUGGAAAUACACUCAUUGAUUUUUCCAAGUUCAACAGAUGUCAGGGCAUGCCUGCUUGUGCCAAAUUACUGGGCUUGGGUCCUCAGGGAAGGUAUAGAGAGGUAUGAGCAGGUGCCUUCUCUGUGGGGCAACUAUAGUCUACCACUGCCGCAGGGGAAUAGGGAUUUGGGUCACACAAAGUGUCGUUCAUAAAUCAGCCAGUUGACUGAAGUCCUCAAGCUAUUAAGCUAGGCCCCUUAGUCACUGACAUGGGCAGGGUCCGAGAUUUAUUUGCUGUGUACAGAGUUCUGCCCCUGUUUGCUCAGGACAGUUACCUGAGUCUUAGAUCAGGUUCACCUCCUAGAGCUCUUGUUACGAGUAGGCUUGAAAGGCUCACUUAGGCCCAGGUGUUUCUAUUCUGUCUUUCAUAAAAGGAGUAAUUAAAAGCUGUGAAUAACAUUGCCUCAUUAAAGCUUUACAGUGUGGGCAGAAGCGCAACUAUAGAAUACCAGCUGUCCAACAAAGACAAACAAAAGUUUUGGGGGUUUUGUUUGGUUGGUUUGGUUUUCAAGACAGGUUUUCUCUGUGUCGUCCUGGAACUCUCUUUGUACACCAGGCUGGGCUUGAACUCAGAGACCCACCUGCCUCUGCCUCUCUUGGGCUGGGAUUAAAGGUGUAUAUCACCAUGCCCAACUUAAAAGUUCUGUUUUUAAAAGUGAGUAUUGAUGCGAUAUUGGCUAGGGGUCUCAGUGUUUUGGGGGAUCUACACUGGGCAGUGGGAGGGGGGUUAAGAUUUGCUAAUGUGGGUCAGCUUUGCCUUCCAGCUGGGGGACACCUGGCUGAGGAGUGACCCAGGCAUAGAGUCCCUCUUUUGUGACCUGUGGGAAAACACCUGACAAUUUCCUGUGGGAAGUAAAAGCUGGCUCAAUAUGUAUGUAUCCAUAAGCAUAUUUCCUUCUUACUUUGUAGGGAGUUUAGGAUAUCCUCAUAUGCAUUUUACAUCUGAAAUUAAAUUUUAGGAUCUGUUACAGAACAAAUCUAAACUAGGAAGGUGAGUCAUAUAUUGCGUUUUCCAAAUAAAUCCUUAAAGCUGAGCCAUAUUUUAGGACCAUACAAUUUCUAUUAAGCUUGUAUUUUCAGAUUAGAAGUACAUGUGUUUUGAUAAAGCUAUGUAAAUUAAAAUAAUAUGGAUUGCUUCACCUAUACAUUUCUCAUUAAA